AUGCUGAAAAUGGCGGAGUCCUGUGCCGACACCUCAAAGCAGACUCGCUUCCACGAGAUGCACGUACAGAGGCACAACAACGUCAGCAUACUGUACGCUGACAUAGUCAACUUCACGCCUCUGUCUGAACGACUCAGCGCCUCCGACCUCGUGAAGACUUUGAACGAACUCUUUGGUAGAUUCGAUCAAAUCGCUCAGGAGAAUCAAUGUAUGAGGAUCAAGAUCCUAGGCGACUGUUACUAUUGCGUGUCGGGUUUGCCAGUAUCGAGACCGAAUCACGCAUACAACUGUGUGAACAUGGGAUUACAGAUGAUAGAUGCUAUACGUUUCGUCCGCGAGGCGACCGGCUUCAACGUGGACAUGAGGAUAGGGAUCCAUACAGGGAACGUGCUCUGUGGAGUGUUGGGGUUGAGGAAGUGGCAGUUCGAUGUGUGGAGCGAUGACGUCACACUCGCCAACCACAUGGAGUCCGGGGGUAUAGCCGGUCGUGUUCAUAUCACGAAAGCGACUAUGCUGCAGUUGGCGGGUAGGUUUGAAGUGGAACCAGGAGAUGGUGCCUCCAGGGAAGGAUACCUUGCCGAUCAUAAGGUGGAGACGUACCUUAUUGUACCACCUAAGAAACCUGGUGUUUCUGAGAACGGUCGUUUGUCAGUGUGUACUGUUGACCGUAAGGCGAGUAUUGUCUCGUCUAUAUACCCUGAUACUUCUCCGACCAAGCCUAAGGAUAUCAGCCCGGCACCAUCACAGAACAGCUUUAUUGAAACUGAAGUACAGCCCAGGGUUAUGAGGGCGGAGUCCAUGAGAAACCCUGGAGAUCUGAGCAGAAGAGCGUCAGUGAGAGUGGACGGUCCAAAGGCUGUUGCGUUUGAUAACAACAACACCGCGAACACGGACGGCGUUGGGAACGGAACUGUUGUUAGCAAACCGAAGAGUCGCAGUGGAUCUAUUAUAGGCGCCAUCAGCCCUAUAAUGGGUACAGAAUGUGAGACAGAAAGUGUACCCGUACUUCGUGAGACGGUACAACCGACGUUGUUUCAUCGGAUGUUGAGUACUAUAUCCGUGGAGUCACUAACGACUCCUGGAGUGCCUUCAAGGUCACGACCUUCAAGCAAGAUGACCAAAUACGUGGAGUGCUGGGGCGCGGACAAGCCUUUCGCUAACAUCACAGACUCUACAUUAGCUAAGAAUAUUGGAAUAUCCAGUUUAGCGAUGAUAGAACAACAUCUCCUGCCGCAGAGGACUUGUUGUGACUGCAGCGAUCAUUCAGACGGUCUUCACCGAGUGACGCUCGGGUUCAAGUGUAGUGAACAGGAGCGUCGCUACAGCGCUGAGCCCGACCACCAGUUCAAGUACUACGUGUCGUGUGCGGCCGCGCUGUUCAUACUGAUGGCAGCGCUGCAGCUGCUGACUGUACACAGGAGUGUGGUGAUAUACGCGUCCUUCGGGCCGACUCUACUAACGUUGUCAGUGUUUACGUUUCUGUGUUGGUGGGACGGAUCACAGCCUGACAGCUACGACAACUGCACCAAACCUGCUCAGGUGGUUUCAAACAACUGGUACAUCAGGCUGACCAUGUUCGUGGUAUCUGUCAUACUGAUCAGUACUUGUGCUGUUAUUAAUUUGUUCCAGGAGUUCAUCUAUCAAGAGUAUUCGGUGGAGGUUUUUGACGACAGCUACAACGACACUAACAUUACAACCGUCUUCACUCACAUGGACAUCGACUCCACUCCGAGCUACGUGUACAGUUCGGUGUUGUCCCUGGCGUGCGUGUCAGUGUUCCUCCGCGGCGGGUUCCUAGUGAAGGCUGUGCUCACGUCGCUCACACUGCUCGCUCACCUCACCGUAUACAACUACGCGAUGCUGUUCACGCUCUACCAGACACACACUGAAUUCCCUUCCCUGCCGUACUCCGCUAAGGCUGGCCUGGUGUUAGUGUUCCUAGCUGCUCUACUUCACAUACUGGACAGACAGAUAGAGUUCACAUCCAGGACGGACUUCCUGUGGAAAGACAAAUUGAAGCUUGAACAGGAGGAAGUGGAAACUAUGAGAGGAAUCAAUAAGAUUCUUCUCGAGAACAUUCUACCAGCUCAUGUAGCUCAACAUUUUCUUACAUCAGUCGCAUCCAAGGACGAGCUCUACCACGAGCGUUACUCAAGUAUAGCGGUGAUGUUCGCCUCCAUACCUAACUACAAGGAGUUCUACGACGAGACUGACGUCAACAAACAAGGCUUGGAGUGUCUGAGGCUGCUCAAUGAGAUCAUAUGUGACUUUGAUAAGUUGCUGUUGAAGCCGAAGUUCAGUUGCAUUGAAAAAAUCAAAACAAUCGGCAGCACCUACAUGAUAGCGUCCGGACUACGGCCGGGGAAAGAAGAACAGAUUGAUGGGAACAGUAAAGAAGAGCACACUGUCGCUAUAUUGAUAGAGUUUGCGGUCGCCCUCAUGUCGAUACUAGACCAGAUUAACAGAGAGUCCUUCCAGAGGUUCAAGUUGAGGAUAGGCGUGUCUCACGGGCCGGUCAUAGCUGGCGUGGUGGGUGCGCAGAAGCCUCAGUACGACAUCUGGGGCAACACCGUGAAUGUAGCCUCCCGUAUGGACUCCACGGGCCUCAUGGGACGGAUACACGUCACUGAAGACACCGCCAGGGUGUUAAUGAACGCGGGGUACACCUGUGAGUGUCGAGGUCCUACGUUUGUUAAAGGUAAAGGAACUUUGAUUACAUAUUUCGUGAAAACACCGAACGUGGGAGGCGGACUAUGA